GAACUUCGCGAUCUUUAGGUACCUUCACAGUUUUCUACACCUUUGCACAAGCUUAAUUCUCUCUCUGUAUUUGAACCUUUCUUUCCCUCGAGAGCCUCGCGCUCCCCUGACGCCCGCAAUGUCUGGUCGCAAAGACUUCCUCUCCCAAGCUGCGCCCGAAAAUUACGUCGCAGGUCUCGGUCGAGGUGCCACCGGCUUCACCACACGUUCCGAUCUUGGUCCUGCGCGUGAGGGCCCUAGUGAAGACCAGAUCAAAGAAGUCCUUGCGAAAAGAGCUGCUGCCGCUGGUAUUGCACCACCCACAGCUUAUGGUGUGGUAGAGAAGAAAAAGGAAGAAGAAGGUGAUGCCGGCGAUGAUGAUCGGUAUCAAGACCCAGAGAAUGAGGUGGGACUGUUCGCAAACGGCAACUUUGACCGCGAUGAUGAUGAGGCGGAUCGCAUCUACCAGGAUGUGGACGAGAGGAUGGAUAGGAGAAGGAAAGCCAGAAGGGAAAAGCGCGAGCAGGAGGAGCGCGACGAGUAUGAGCGCAACAACCCGAAAAUUCAACAACAAUUCGCAGAUCUCAAGCGUGAGCUAAGCACCGUCACGGAUGAAGAAUGGGCCGCCUUACCCAGCGUCGGUGACUUGACGGGUAAAAAUCGACGCGCGAAGCAGAAUCUUCGACAACGAUUCUACGCAGUACCAGAUAGUGUCAUCGCAGGCGCGCGCGAUGCGAACGCUAUGGAGACAGCGAUCGAAUCCGGUGGUCCCGGUUCGAGUGGAGACGGCACGAUGACGAACUUCGCGGAUAUCGGUGCGGCAAGAGAUAAGGUGCUUCAGGUGCGCCUAGACCAAGCAGCGCAAGGCACUACCACAGAAACAACGUCCGGCACGGCGACGACGGUUGAUCCAAAAGGCUACCUGACGAGUCUGGCGCAAUCAGAAUCUGGUCUGGGUGCAGCGGCAAAUGUGGGUGAUCUAAAGCGUGUCAGAACCUUGAUGGAGUCGGUCGUCAAGACAAAUCCGAAGCAUGGCCCUGCGUGGGUAGCGGCUGCACGGCUUGAGGAACAUGCGGGUCGAGCCCUUGCCGCCAGAGAUCUCCUCUCGCGUGCAUGUGAGCAUUGCCCUAAGAGUGAGGAUGUGUGGCUCGAGAGGAUACGCAUCAAUGACAGACACAACGCCAGGAUCAUUGCCGCCAAUGCGAUCAAGAAUCUUGAUACGUCAGUCCCGCUAUGGCUGGAGGCUACGAGACUAGAGGAGGACCCUAGAGCGAAGAAGAGAGUUCUACGACAAGCGCUUGACCGAGUACCUACGUCCGAGAAACUAUGGAAGAUGAUGGUGAACGAGGAAGAGAAUGUCGAGGAAGCACGACUACUUCUUGCCAAAGCUGUAGAAAUGAUACCCAAAUCCGAAGAUCUUUGGCUGGCACUUGCGAGACUUGAGACCGCUGAUAACGCACGUAUUGUGCUAAAUAAGGCACGUAUAGCGUUACCAACGAGCUACAGGCUGUAUCUAGCCGGUGCUCGAAUGAUGGAGCAGACAGGCGAUCUGAAAAUGGCCUCGAAAGUCAUAUCAGGCGCCGUCAAAGCCCUUGCACGACAGGAUGCUAUGCUGAAGAGGACCGAAUGGAUCACUGAGGCCGAGAAGUGCGAAGAGGAAGGCGCGAUACACACUUGUCAAUCUAUCAUCCGUGAAACCCUCGGGUGGUCACUACAGGAAGAUGACACUCGCAUCGACAUUUGGCUCGCAGAUGCAAGAAGCUGCACGAACAGAGGUCUCUACAUCACAGCACGAGCAAUCUACGCAUACGCACUUCGCGUCUUCUACAACAAGCCAGAAGCCUGGCUCGCGGCUGCCAAUCUUGAGCGUCUACAUGGUGACAAAGAAGAUCUGCUAGCUCUGCUCGAGCAGGGCGUUGAAGCCUGUCCUCAGGCCGAAGAACUCUGGAUGCAAUUCGCACGUGAAAAGCGCGCAAACAAUGACUUGGAUGGUGCUCGUAUGGUUCUAGCUCAGGCUUUUGUCGCCAAUCCUGGCAAUGAAAACAUCUACCUAAACGCCGUUCAAUUCGAAGCUACAAUACAAAAUUUCGACAUGGCUCGUCAGUUUCUUGCUGAAGCGCGAGACAAAGCUGGCACUGACCGUGUAUGGAUGAAGUCCGUCGCCUUUGAACGUCAACAGCGCGACCUACCUGUCGCUCUCGACCUCGUCAACCAAGCACUAUCUAUGUAUUCCGGUUACGCAAAGCUCUGGAUGCAGAAAGGCCAGAUCUACGAAGAUCUCAACAAGCUUCCACAAGCUCGCGAAGCCUACACUCAAGGCACACGCAACUGUCCUAAGAGCGUUCCUCUGUGGCUCCUUGCCUCACGCAUAGAAGAGAAAGCUGGUGUGAUCGUCAAAGCUCGCUCUGUGCUCGACCGUGCCCGUCUCGCCAUCCCCAAGUCCCCCGAACUCUGGACAGAAAGUAUCCGUCUCGAGCGCCGUGCCAACCAACUUCCUGCCGCACAAGCUCUCAUGGCCCAAGCCCUUCGCGAAGUGCCUAACUCAGGCCUGCUCUGGAGCGAGCGUAUCUGGUACCUUGAAGCGCGCACGCACCGCAAAGCACGCAGUCUCGAAGCCAUCAAGAAGGCCAAGGACGAUCCCGUACUGUUCUGCACUGUCGCGCGCAUCUUCUGGGCGGAGCGCAAGCUGGACAAGGCCGCGACGUGGUUCGAGAAAGCGGUCGGCACGGACCCAGACUGGGGUGACGGAUGGGCCUGGUAUGUCAAGUUCCUGGCGCAACAUGGGACAGAUGAGAAGCAGGCGGAGGUGAGAGAGAAGUGCGUGCAGAGCGCGCCUCGCCAUGGCGAGGUUUGGCAGCGCUUGGCGAAGAAGCCCGAGAUCGAGGGCAUGGGGGUGGAGGAUAUUCUAGCGCUGGUGGUAAAGGAGUUGGAGUGAGGUGGAGAAGGUAUAGGGAGCAAGGGAGGACUCUGUAUGAUUAGCAUAGCAUCGGCGGCGUUCAGGGGCUAGACAUCAGGAAGUACAAGUCGCCUGGUUAGGCCCAAGCAGGCCCAGG